UUGCUGUGUUCUCAUUGGCUGCAUGCAAAUCAGCGCGGUGACGUCACCGGUCUUAUUUGCAUAGGGAGUAUAAAAGCUCAGGCGGUGAGUUUCCCUUUACAGAGCCUUGAUUUUCACUCCUGUCUGUUUUCUCUGCGCCCCACAAAUCAACCACAAAGAUGUCAGACAAACCCAAUCUGGAGGAAGUGACCAGCUUUGACAAGACCAAGCUGAAGAAGACGGAGACGCAGGAGAAAAAUCCUCUGCCUUCAAAAGAGACAAUCGAACAGGAGAAGAAGGAGAGCUCAUGAAACUUCCCACCAAGACGCCACUAUGCACUGCACUGCCUUCAUCUUCUCACCUUUUCUUUUCGAAAAAUUAGUUUCAUUACUUAAGACAUAAAAAACCCCCUAAGACGCCUUCUGAUUGGACGAAACAAAACUCCGUCUUGUGGCCCGUACCUCCUUUUUUUAUUUUUUAAAUAAAAAAUAAAGAACGCACCACUGCAAAAAAUGAUGGAUGUGAGAGUUCCUGAUCAAGAGGAGGCGGGGCUUCGGCCUCAGGGUGGGGCCGAGAGUAUGAUUGACAACUUCAUGGGACUUCACUCUCCAGACCCGGGCUGAUGACAGAUCUCGCUGUCAGAUGUUGAAAAUCAUGCAGUGUUUUGUUGUGUUUUUAAAGUUAAAUGUUUAAGAUUAUUUUAUAAUCUAAAAUUCAAACCUUGGAAUGAACAAUAUUUUGUUUAUGCAAAUAAAAGAGAAGAGAAACCUGUUCA